AUGCUGCAGCUCAGAAUGCUCUCCGGGGAAGCCGUGACGAGCAUAGCUGUGGAGGAGGUACAGGAUGUCAAGGGCUUGAAGCAGCAUCUGAAUCGGCUGCAUGGCCUCCCUCCACGAUUUAGGCAAAGGAUUCUCUUCCGCGGCGAGACUUUGAAGGAUACUGUGAUGCUGCACUCCGCGAUCUGCUUGGAUCUCGUGCUGUUGACGUUUGCCGAU